AUGAAAACUGGCUGGAAGCGCCUUAAUGUUUCUGAUGCUUUCAUUUUUGACCAGGACCUGCAAGCUAUCCGCUCCCGAACGCAAACCGAACGCUCACGCAUUUUUUUUUGGCAUGCUACUUUACCUCCCAAUGACCAUCCUGAAUUGCUACUGCCAGUUAACCCUUUGAUCGUAGAUUGCAAGCCAUUCGUUGGAGCCCUCCAAACUGGAUGUAAACGCUUAUCUGACUUUACAACCAACCGAUUUCGGGAGGCAUGCCAGGAUCACACUCAAUCUCCUCUUGUGCCCCUCCCAUUGCAAGCUAAACAAUGGCGUUUAUUUUGGGCCUUUCCCAUCCAUCACACAUCCCAGAACAUAUGGUAUUGGGCUAUACUUAACUCCCUGUCAUGUCAAUACACCCUCCACAGUCGUGCACCAACCAUAUUCGUCACUCCAAACUGUCCCAUUUGCUUGUCUGAGGUGGGCACACUCUCUCAUUUUCUCUACCAGUGCCCACAGAAAUGGACGGUGUGGGAAACUGCAUGGAUUAAGUACUUUGGACUAUCCCCGUCAACAUUUGAUAUCCAUCGCGCACUAUUCUCUCUGGAAAUCCCUGACCAUCCAUCACCUGUAUUCCAUGUCCACCCAUGUCAAAUAACUAGUAGCAUCAUCCUUGCCCUGUGGCGCACUCAAUGGAGCUUUAUCUUUGACAACAGGACUUUCCAGACCUCCUCGAUUAACUCUAAAAUAGACGCCCUUGUUUCGCACCUUUCCUCUGACCUAAAUUUAACAUAG